ACCCAUGUCUACAUGUGCAAAUGAAUGUAAAUAGAAAAGAAGGAAAACGGUCAAUAUAUAUAAUUUUGGGACUGUUAGUUCCUUUGCAAAUUUACAAUCAUAUUAGAACAGAGAAGAGAAAAGUUGGGACCAAAAGUUUUACCAAAAAAUUUACCUUUGCAUCCUCUAUACAGGCACUUCAACAAAAUGGUAUGUAAAAAUACUAUAUUUCUAUCUUUAAUAAUAUGUGAAAUUAGAUUAGUUCACCCCAAAAAUAGAGCUAAACUGGGGUUAAUAAACUGAGUUGAUGGAUUUUGCUGAACAUAAGAAUAAUAUGUAAUGAAAUAGUUGCUGCCAAUAAAGUGCAAAUUUAACAGUUUAUAGGUCACCUGCAUGGAACCAACAGCACUCAGUACAUUUUCUCUUCUACAACCACAAAACAAACAGGGUAUACCAGUUUCCAUUAAGAUAAAAUGGUAUGCAGUUAUCCAGCAUGGCUUAAUGGUAACUAUAUCACUGUUUAGAUAGUAUUAGAUUUGAUAAAAGGUUAUCAGAAAUUGAUAUGUGUUGAGUAUGGACGUAACUAUAUCAUUGUUUAUAUUGCAGAAAAGAUCAAAUCAAAACAAGGCUAAUAGGAAAAAGCAGCGUGUGAACCACACCGCAGGCAGAAAGUCUUUUCUGUGGUUAAUGCAAGAGAUGAAUACGAUGUGUGAGAAAUUAGAUAUGAUACAGUCUGAGGAGCAUACAGAUGAGGCUGCAAAUAUAAUAUUCAAAGAUGUGCUAGGACAUAGGUCUGGUUAUACAAGAGGACUUGGUGGUUCAGUUAUACCCGAGACUAGACCAUCAGCUAUGUCGGCACAAUUUAAGCACCUAGCCCAAGAAAAUGAGAAGCAUAAACAUGAGGCAUUGAUGUACAAGACCGAGUUGGAUGAGCUGAAAAGGGAUGUAAGACAAUUAUUGGUUUGGCAAAUGUCCUAUGACCAGAGGAUGAAUGACUAAACAUCUCAAAGAGUGUCUAAUAUAGACACUCAAGGAGAUCUUUAGCUGGAUGGGUUUCUAAACUGGGAGUUUUUUGAAAUUUUGUUAAGUAUUCAUCACUUUUGGUGGCAGUUACAUAUUUUGUUACAUAGUUGUCAAGGGAAAAGGGUGCAGGUUUUUGAAGUUUGUUGCAAAAUGGCAUCACAGCAAGUCAUGAUGUGAUUUGGCGCAAAAUGGUGCUGUCUCUAUUUUGUUAAAGGUUUGUCUAACACUAUGUAAGUAUGAUUUAAAACCCCUUCCAACUGCAUGUCUUGUCUGCAGUGGUUAAGAGAGUUUAAUAGGUAAAAAGAAAAUUCUCUUUAGGCAUUUCUGUAAUAGAGUAUAGGUGAUGGAUAUAUGUAAACUAUGCAUGUAAUUGUUUUGACUAUGGAAUUUGGAGAAAAUUAAUUGGUGUGAUCAGAAUGCAUGAUUUUUCCAUAUCUUCUACGGGAUGCAUUUCUUAGCUUUGAUAGGAGUCUAGUUCUUCCACUUUUUUUCUGAUUUUUAAAAAGAAUUUUUGUUAGUUCAGUAGAAAUUAGUACACUGACUCUUAAUGAAUUUACUUGAUAAAAAUAAAACAAUCUUCUCUAGAAGGCACUUAUAUCAAAAGUUAAAACUAGAUGCAGUUUAAUACUUUCAUAUUGCACAUUUUCCAUUUUCUUACAUUUCUUGAUGCUUGUAUAUUAUUCUCUUUUUCCAAGAUACUGUGAUGGCAAGUAAAAGUAGUAAGACAAGGUUACAUUAUAUUUCUGAUAUUAAAACCUGCACCUUGAGAAAAUAUAGCUUACUAGGUAAAAAUAAACUUUUAUCUAUGUAUUUCUGUAAUGGAGUAUAGGUGGAUAUAUUAUUUAUGUUCAAUAAGAAUGUUGAAUGACGUCAUGUAGGCUCUACACUUGUUUUCACACUCAAAAUUUUCAUCUAUGUAAUAUGCAGGUAGCUGUGGGCCAGGUUGAUAUGAGCUCAGUUGUAAUUUUUUGAUGCACCAAUGUGCCUGCCUACAGGAUGCUAUAUGCUUGACUUCACUCCCAGGUUUAAAUGUAUAGCCAUAUUUUAGACAAGACCAAUGAGUGGCACAUGGAAUUUAUGUGUUUAGUGGAAGUAUGUAUGUAGGAAUUUAAGCUUGAUUUUGCAUGACAUUUAAUCAUUGCAUGCCUGCUAUAACGUAUGAUUAUACAACUUGUAAAUGAGAUGUUAAUUAUUCAAGCUUGUAUGAAAACUGGAUGGCAAUAUUGUACAUGGAAAUGCAAGUAAAAUAUAUGGUGUUUAAUUUUGCCAAACAUGUAAAUUUCCUACAUUACAUCUAAACCAAAAAGUCCUAAAACACAGGCAAAUUAAUUCAAACAAAAAAAUGACAGGAAAUUGAUACAAGCUACAGGGCUGUCCAAUUUGCUUAGUGGAAAUAAGGCAAAAUUUUUUUACAAGGUUCAAUUGAUACAAUAUUGUAAAAAUGGGUUGAUUGGGAAAUCAUGUGUAAAUUGUACAGAUCAUCUGGCCUGCAUUCUCUAGAUUUAUUGUAAGAAAUGUAUACGGGCGUGACAGUUGAGAU